GUAGAAUUCACAUAGGUAAAUUAUGUAAAUUACAAUUUAUUGUUCCGUAUGAAAAAUUUAUUUAUCAAUAUAAACUUUUAAAACUAUCAACUUUUUUUGUGUUUAAUAAAUAUAUUGGUUUACAAGAAAAAUAUUUAUUAAUUUCAUGAAAUAAAUUUAUUCACAUAUUCUCAGUGUGCAGUAAUUAUAUUUUCUCUUGUUAAGAAAGAGAUUUCUUUUUAAUUUUUGUUAAUAUAAUGUAUUCUAAAUUAUAUCUAUCUUAUAUUAAGUUAAUGAAAUAUAUACUUAUAUCAUGUGGAUUUUGGCCAUUUGUACCAAACAGAAUAUUAAAAAUUCAUUUAAUCGUUUUGGGCAUCUCUCAUUUUUGUUGGACAACGCCUAUUGUAUUAAACUUUUUUAGAAAUUUGGAUGAUUUUAAUGUUGCUAUUGAAAAUCUUGCCUUUUUUGCUCUUACUCUUUUAAUAUGGGCAACAUAUGUAAAUCAAAGUGUACAUAUGAAACAGUUAGAAGGGCUUUAUUUAAUUAUAUUCGAAGAUUAUGAAAAUGCAAAGAAAAAUACGAAUCACAAAGAAAUCUUGAUGAAAUAUGGAAAAAUAUUAAGAAUAGUAACUACUUGUUAUCUAAUCUAUACAACAUCUAUUUUGAUAAUUUACAUGAGUGAAGCAUGGUUUCAAAAAUUGUUAUUUAAAGCUAUAAUGCCAUCACAUAAAUCUGGACCAAAUAGAUAUUCAAUUGAUUUUGAUUAUUAUUUUUUUAAUAGUACUGAACAUUAUGUAUUAACAUCGGCACAUAUAACUAUUGGUGGUUAUUUUAGUAUUGAGCCUGUUAUAUGUGUUGAUGUGAUAAUUUACAUUGCAGCUACACAUGCUUGUGCAAUGAUUAAGAUUUUGAGAUUUGAUUUAAAACACUUUACUGUCAAUCAAAAAACUGGCGAACGUGUAAAGAGUGAAGUAGAAGUGUUAAAAAAUGUUUCUCGUUGUGUAAAAAAAUAUCAUCGAAUACUUAUAUUCAUCGGUAACAUUAAUAAUUGUUUUUCAUCAUUUUUAUUUGUUACAUAUUUAAUUUUAGGAGCACUGAUAACAUUGUUUGGCUCCUUGAUUAUCCUUAAUAAGUCAAACAAAGUGAUUUUAAUUAGAGGGGGACUGACAAUAAUUGGUCAACUUACACAUAUGUUUUUUAACUGCUAUUGUGGACAAGUAGUAAAAAGUCAAAGUUCUUCUUUAAUAAAUUAUAUGUAUGAAACGGAUUGGUAUAGUGAGUCAUUAAAAGUAAAAAAAAUGAUUUUUGUUAUGAUGAUGGGAGCAAUGAAAGAAUCUAAUAUAAAUAUUGGUAAAACUUUUGUCUUAUCAUUUGAUUUUUAUGCUUCGAUGAUGAAAACAAUGUUUUCUUAUUUAAAUGUUCUAAAUUCUCGUCAAUAUUAAUUGAAAUAAUUUUUGGAAAAAUAUAGAACAGAUGGGAAAUAUUGAUGUCGUCACCAUUGAAAAUAUACAUUUGCC